GACGGAGCAAGCUCUAACGUGGCACAGCACAAGGAGCACAUCUUUCCCACCAAACCCAAAGGCUUGCUUACCUUCAGCUGAGUGCAUCCAAGAGCCCGGGCGAGAAGUGAGCCAGCAUGGAAGAACGUGGCAAUUCUCCAAGGCCUUAGCAGAUAGACAGCUCCAAAAGGAUGCUCGGGCACUGGUGAGGGGAGAUUUGCCUGCUGGAGGAUGGGGUGCACAGGGCUGGGCUGUCUGGCAGCGCUGGCCGUGCUCUGCAGGGCUCUCGGGGAUGCUCCCAGCAGAGGCAUCAAAUGUGGGGGAGUACUUUCAGCACCCUCUGGCAAUUUCUCCAGCCCCAACUUCCCGGGGCUGUACCCCUACGAGACAGAGUGCACGUGGCUCAUUGUGGUGGCCGAGGGCUCCUCCGUCCUGCUCUCCUUCAGCCACUUCGAGCUGGAGUACCACGACACCUGCGCCUACGACUACCUCCAGGUCUACAACGGGGCUGCCCGGGACCGGGGCAACCUCCUGGGCACCUUCUGUGGCCACAGCCCUCCGCCACCCUUCUCCUCCGCCUGGCACGUCAUGGCUGUGGUCUUCCGCUCCGACCGGCACGUGGCCAAGCACGGCUUCGCCGCCGCCUACAGGAAAGACGCCUGCGGUGGGCAGCUGACGGGGCUCUCUGGGGAGAUCACCAGCCCGCGCUACCCCGAGAGUUACCCCAACGAUGCCGAGUGCCGCUGGAGCAUCGGGGGCGCCAGCGGGGGUGGCCCCCUCACCCUGGUGUUCGCUGACUUCCAGAUGGAGGGGGGCCAAGGCUGUGGCUUUGACUACGUGGCCCUUUUUGAUGGCCCCACGGUCACUGCCCCCAGCCUGGGGCGUUACUGCGGCAGCGCCCGCCCACCCCGCACCGUCUCCUCCACCCCACACCUCCUCAUCAUCUUCAAGUCGGACUUCAACAUCGGUGGCAGGGGCUUCAAGGCCCAUUUCUACUCAGGUGAGUGCCAGGAGGUGUUCACCACCAUCAAAGGGAAUUUCUCCAGCCCUCAGUACCCCAACUUCUACCCCAACAAUCUCAAGUGCCAGUGGAUCAUCCAGCUGCCCCCGGGCUACCGGGUCAAGGUCUUCUUCCAGGACAUGGAGCUGGAGGGCCGGAGCAGCCUGACGGGGGGCUGUGACUAUGAUCACUUGUCUGCCUUUGAUGGUGGCACCGAGAGUGGAUCCCUGCUGGGCCGCUGGUGUGGGCGGGAGAGCCUGGCACCCGUCACCUCCCGCAGCAACCGGCUGCUCCUGCUCCUCCACACCGACCGCAACACGGCCAAGAGGGGCUUCUCCAUCUCCUACGUGGGAGUUGUGCCCAUGAAUGUCAGCUGCACCCGGACAGACUUCCACAUCCAGAUCCCUGUGCAGUCCCUGGCCCAGCUGGAGAGGAAUAGGAUUUAUCUGGGGACCCCAUCCUGUGCAGCCCAGGUGGUUGGCAGGAACUUUAAAAUACACACCAGGUUUGACACCUGUGGCACUGAAUCCCAGAGACGCAACAACACGUCUGUCAUCAUCAGCACCCUCUACAUUGAUUUUUCAGUGGGAGACCAGGAGGACAUCCACCAGUACGAGGUGCAGUGUGAGCCAAAGAAGAAGGAAGCCUCAGUGACCCUUAUUGCUGGCCCUGAUCCAUCCAGGCUCAGCCAGGCAGAAAACCUGGUGGAUGCCCAGAAGUGGGAGGGGGAAGCGGUCGAUGCCCGUGAGAUCAAGAGCCAGGACACCAGCGACAUCGUCUUCAUCAGCAUCUGCAUCCUGGCUGGGCUCCUCAUGGUCAUCGCAGUGGUGGGGCUGGUGCUUCUCUAGGAUGCUCUUUCCACACUCCAGGGAUUGCAGUCCCACUCAUGCCCAGGGCAGAAAGGCACCCCAAAAUCCACCCUCACCCCAAGCUGAACCCUAACACAGCUCCCAGGCCCUGAAACUGAGCCUGAACCCAACCUCCACCUUCUCUUAGUGCCUGAAAAAUCUGGGCAAUAGGCAGCCGUUUCCCUUCCCAAUUUGUUUUCCUCUGUUUCAAUCUGUCCAUUUGGCUCAGGAAUGCAAUUCUUGUGCUCCCUAACUCUUCCCACACCUGCUUCAAUUUGUUUUCCCUGUAGUGCUGCUGCUUUCAGGAAAGAAACGUUGUUUGCCGAUGGCUGCAAAUCUUCCUGUCAAUUAUUUCUAGCUGAAUUCUUGGAGGUACAAACCAUCCCCAAAUGCAGCUAUAUUCCCAACAAAUGUUCUCCCUGCUCCCAGCCCGUGCUUGGGGGGACUGUGGAGCUGUGUUACAGGGAUCUCCACCUGGCACACACAGAUGUAGCUCAUGCAGGUGCUCCCAGGUGAUGUUUCUGGGUGUCUGUGGGUGAUGUGAUGAGAUGAAUUUGCUGUGCCCUGGAGCUCCUUGUUUGAUCUUCUCAUGUUGUCUCACCUUCUCGCAGGACUCACCUGAGUGCCUCAGCCACCAGCAGCUGGAGGGGAG